GCGGGGACUGCAACCAUGGUGGCGCGACGCGGCGGUUGGUUCUCGGCGCUAGCGCUCGGCGUGACCCUCUUCAAAUGCCUCCUGAUCCCGACCUACCAUUCCACGGAUUUCGAAGUACAUCGGAACUGGCUUGCGGUUACACACAGUCUGCCAGUAGCACAGUGGUAUCAAGAGGCGACUUCAGAGUGGACCCUGGAUUACCCUCCUUUCUUCGCGUGGUUCGAGUUCGCUCUGUCACAUGUUGCCAAAUACUUCGAUCCGGAAAUGCUGAGUGUCCAGAAUCUCAACUACUUCAGCUCCAGGACCCUGCUUUUCCAGAGGCUGUCCGUCAUCUUUGCGGACUUACUCUUUGUGUACGCGGCUCAUGAGUGCUGUAAAUGCGUCGAUGGGAAAAAAGCAUGCAAAGAACUUACUGAGAAGCCAAAGUUCAUUCUCUCUGUAUUACUGCUGUGGAACUUUGGGCUGUUGAUUGUGGACCAUAUUCAUUUCCAGUAUAAUGGCUUUUUAUUUGGAUUAAUGCUGCUCUCCAUUGCACGAUUAUUUCAGAAAAGGCAUUUGGAAGGAGCAUUUCUCUUUGCUGUUCUCCUACAUUUCAAGCACAUCUACCUCUAUGUAGCACCAACUUAUGUUAUAUAUCUGCUUCGAUCUUACUGUUUCACUGCAAAUAAGCCAGAUGGGUCCAUCCAGUGGACAAGUUUCAGCUUUAUUCGUCUUAUUUCCCUGGGACUGAUAGUUUUCCUAGUCUCUGCUCUUUCAUUGGGUCCUUUUCUAGCCUUGAAUCAGCUGCAUCAAGUCUUCGCCCGACUCUUCCCUUUCAAGCGAGGCCUGUGCCACGCCUACUGGGCUCCAAACUUCUGGGCGCUGUACAAUUUCUUGGACAAAGUGCUAUGUGUCAUUGGUUCAGAAUUGAAGCUUCUGGAUCCCAGUAAGAUUCCCAAGGCUUCCAUGACAGGUGGUGUGGUACAGCAGCUGGAGCACACGGUGGUCCCCUCGGUCACACCCCUGACCACCCUCAUCUGCACUCUGGUGGCUAUCUCGCCCUCUGUUUUCUGUCUUUGGUUUAAACCCCAAGGGCCCAGAGGCUUUCUUCGAUGCCUGAUUCUUUGUGCCUUGAGCGCCUUCAUGUUUGGGUGGCAUGUCCAUGAAAAGGCCAUUCUUCUAGCAAUCCUCCCAAUGAGCCUUUUGUCAGUGGGAAACGCAGAAGAUGCUUCGAUUUUUCUGAUUCUGGCCAUAACAGGACAUUACUCCCUCUUCCCUCUGCUCUUCACAGCACCAGAACUUCCCAUUAAAAUCUUGCUCAUGUUAGUAUUCACCAUCUACAGUAUUUCUUCACUGAAAACUCUAUUCAGGAAAGAAAAGCCUCUUUUUAACUGGAUGGAAACAGUCUACCUCCUGGGCCUGGGGCCCCUGGAAGCCUUCUGUGAAUUCGUGUUCCCCUUCACCUCCUGGAAGCUGAAGUUGCCCUUUCUCCCACUGCUGCUCACCUCUGUGUACUGUGCACUGGGUAUCACGUACGCUUGGCUCAGACUGAGCGUGUCCGCACUUACUCUCCCUCCCACGGGCAAGAAAUACUCAGCCACCCCAAAAACAGUGGGGAUGGGAGAGACAGUGCCUCGAACUGAACGCAUGUGUGGCAAAGAGCCAAGAACAGCCCCCAACACCACUGGGAAUGCCCCCAAGGCCAGAAAAAAAGACACACACAAAAAGACAAAGAAGCAGUAAGAAAAGGAGCUGCUUGGGUAUACUGCAAGCAAUUGUUUCACCGGAAAUUGGUCAAAACUUGAAGAUCGGUACUGGUGGCAGCACCAUUUGAGGCCCCUUCUACCCACCGUGGCCUUCCCAGCCGAGCAGCCUGCCUGUCCCCAUGGUGACAAACACACAGGGCCUCUUGGGCUCCUGUGAAGCUGUCAGACUGUGUGUCUCCAGACCUGAUCCAUUGCUUGUCAACUACAGCCAGAGAGAAGCAUUGUCGGGCUCUAGUGCCUAAUUUGAAUGAGAAUAAUUUGAAUAAAGCACUAUUUUGUAUUUCUCAACAGAAAUCUCUGGGCUGUUACCCUUUCCUGCAUCUUCCUAUCAGUAGAUAGGCGCACAGCA